AGCAACGUAAAUGCACUGCUUUCACAUCGCUAUCGCGGUACUUUGAUGUCAUAAGCCGAUGGGUUUGCGCAGAGCUGUAUUAAGUCAAACACACUUUUUAUUUACUUUCGCUUAGACUACGUAAUAACCGUCAUCGAGUUUAACCAACCAGCGAUAGCGUCUGAACGCAACGCCCCGCCUCCGUAUCAGGAACCAUGUUUUCUGCUCAUAUCCUGUAUCAUUUUCAUCAUUUUAAUUCAUAUGUUUUCCAAACUGAACGACUUAUCGAUUUAAAUAAGCUUUAGGGAAACAAUGGGGCGGUUUUAAUUGUGUUUUUAUUCGUUGCACGCGCGCUGCGUAGCUGGAAAGCGGUCUCGUGCAUUCCUGACAGUUGCUUCGCUUGACAACAACAGUUAUUACCUCAUAUAUCCUAGACACGGGGCCAGGGUGAUAAACUUUCGGUUUUGGGUGUUGUGUUUGCCUCUUCGAAAUGGCGGGGGGCAUUACAGAGACGGGGGAGCCUUACUCACCUUUUGUUGGCCUGGUGUACAUGUUCAAUCUAAUCGUUGGCACUGGAGCUCUGACGAUGCCCAAAGCUUUCGCAGCAGCUGGAUGGGUGGUCAGCGUGUCUCUUAUCUCUUUUUUGGCUUUUAUGAGUUUUAUGACCACCACGUUUGUAAUAGAAGCUAUGGCGGCUGCCAAUGCUGAGCUGCGGUGGAAGAGGAGAGAACAGGAAGAGACAGAUGACAGUGACUCUAGCUCAAACUAUUCAGAUGAUGAUGGCAUUAUCCGGGGACCCCUUGAGACGCGACCCAUUCUCUCUGUCCAACGUGCUGCCAACGUAGACCACUUUGACAUUGUCGAGAGAGUUGAGAUGGGACAAAUGGCAUCCAUGUUUUUUAAUAAAGUUGGUGUCAACAUGUUCUACAUCUGCAUCAUCAUAUAUCUGUAUGGAGACUUGGCCAUUUACGCGGCAGCUGUACCCGUGUCUCUGAUGGAAGUAGCAUGCCGGAAUCAGUCAUGCAGCGCUGGAAGUGUGAAAUACAAUGACACGGAGUCGUGCUGGGGACCCGUACGACGAAUAGACGCCUACAGAGUGUUUCUGGGCAUCUUCACUUUACUUAUGGGGCCCUUCACCUUUUUCAAUGCACAGAAGACCAAAUACCUCCAGAUCCUAACCUCUGCAAUGAGGUGGAUUGCGUUUACCAUGAUGAUUAUCCUGGCUUUAAUCCGCAUUGGCAAAGGUCACGGUGAAGGCCGUCCACCCGUGGCACAGAUUGCAGGUGUGCCCAACCUCUUCGGGGUUUGCGUCUACUCGUUCAUGUGCCAGCAUUCCCUGCCCUCCCUCGUGACGCCCAUCUCCGACAAAAAGCGAAUGAGCGCCUUGGUCAUUACAGACUACAUCCUAAUUCUGUGCUUUUACAGCCUGCUGUCCUUCACAGCUAUCUUUUGCUUCGACAGCUCAUUGUUGCGUGACAUGUACACGUUAAACUUCACCGAUAACUGUGAUGUUCUGGGCAUUCCUUUUUUGCGCUAUUUCCUGGGCCUGUUCCCGGUCUUCACCAUCAGCACCAACUUUCCUAUAAUAGCCGUCACACUGCGCAAUAACUGGAAAACUCUUUUUCACCGGGAUGGAGGUACAUAUCCAUGGGUGGUGGAUCGUAUCGUUUUUCCUCUCAUCACUAUUGUUCCGCCCAUUAUCGUGGCUUUCUGUACCCAUGAUCUGGAGUCGCUAGUGGGCAUCACCGGGGCGUACGCCGGCACAGGCAUUCAGUACAUCAUCCCGGCCUUCCUUGUGUACUUGAGUCGCCGCCAUCUCGAACCUGUGUUUGGAAGGGAUGUUAUCAAUAAGCACAGAUCUCCUUUUCGACACAGUUUCUGGGUUUGGUUCGUUGUAGUGUGGGCAACGUUCUGCCUGAUGUUUGUCACGGCUAAUAUUGUCCUCAAUGAAACCAAGAACUGAAUACAAAUGCGAUUUUCUUUGUCAAGUCAUGUUUUUGUUUUAAUUGGUAAAACAAUGAUAUUAGCUAUAAUUGAAUUCAAUUUAAUUUAAUUUUGUGUCUAAAAGGGACCAAAUAUAGUUUUGGCGUUACUUCAAAAGAAAUGCUGCUGUUAAGAUUGAAUGCUAAUGUGAAAGUCGUUACAUACAAAUUGGCAAUCUUAUACUGUAGUUUGGAAAAAACAAAUGUACACCAAAUAUUUUAUUCUUCACUGUAGUAAUAUUCAUCAGGCAAGACAAGUGGACAAUAAAUCUUCCUUAUUUUAGUCUUCCAAAUCUCAGCCUGAGAUCAUCUCAGAUCGUAGCACCUCACAUUUGGCAUUUCAGCAUCCCUAAUUCACGUCUGGCACCUCACAGUGUCUCCUGCAGUGAAUGAUGUUGACACGAGUGAAUGAUGUGCCUGGAGUUCAGUCUCAGUUCAGCUGCAGAUUCACUGAGGCAUUGAAACUUUCCAAAUGUUCUCCAUGUACAGGAUCUCUGAAAGACCCUUAAGGUAGGAGAGAAAGAUGAACAUAAUUUUGGGUGGAUACAAUUUGUCUUGUGACCUACACAUCAUUACCAUAAAUGCAGAGCACCUUAUCAUGCUCAGCAGAACACUAGAUUUUCUGUACAUGCCACGGUAAAAAAAAAAGAUUUGUUGGUUUAACUUAAUGUAAUUUACCUUGUUGCCUUAAAAUUUUGAGUUAAUUUAACGUUAAAAAAAUGUUGUGUCAACUAAUAUUUUUAAGUUGAAUUAGGUCAAAAUUUUAAGGCAACCAUCUAACUUCCUUCCUUUUUACAGUGACCAGUAUACACUUUUAAAUAUAAAGGUGCUUCACAAUGCCAUAGAAGAGCCAUUUUUUUGCUAAAUGGUUACAUAAAGAAACCUUUUCGUUGUGCGUAGUGAAUAAAUGUUCUUUAGAUGAUAAAAAAUGUUUGAAAGGUUCCAGGGUUUCCCUCAGAAAAUUUGUUAGUUAAGGUGGUGGAGUUGGACGGGUGGGCGUGGCAAUCAAAGAGGCAUGGUGUACGAGUCGUGAUGAAAAUGAAGAUAUUUGUAUUUAUAACACUCAAAUAAAACUUAAUUUUAAAGAAACUAUAACAGAAAAUGAACACACACUAGAUUAUAAAUGAAUUAAAUUUUUUUUAACAGAUACCUCUAACAAAAAUAGCUGCGUGAUGAAGUGAAACUAAAGGGUUAAUAAACACAAACUGAAGCAGAUGUUGUAGAACGUCUGGCGAACGAUGAUAGAUAGCGCAAAGAUUGUAAAAACAUAUUAUUUCCCACUAUUAAUUAUGUUAUCUUAAAAGAGUGUUACUACUGUAGCAUGUAAAUAAUGCACAUAAAUAACGUGAGCAAGAGCGAAUCAACAAUUAUAUCAAAUCAACAGGCACGUGCAACCUAGCUAGCAGUUUGCUCAAACAACAAAUUCACCAGCUAACUUACUUUCAAUUUGUAAGAACUAUAGACUAAUACAAUAACAGGCUUAAAUAACCCAACACAAAAGUCCACUUACAGUUCUCACAGACAUGCGUUUUAUCAACUGGCCAUCCUCCAGACAGUUGACGGACCAUUUCGGCCAUGUGGCGCUUGUGCACGUCCGCGCUAUUCUCCGAGAUGUUUUAUCAACAGUGACCGACCACGUCUUUCUCUCAUUUGGCCAUGUGGCGCCUGCCCGCUCGUAGUGUGAAGCGCGUCCGCACUAUUCUCUGAGAUGCACUUGACGGUCUUUUGUGCAGCGAGUUUUUUUUUUUUUUGGACUACCUAGCUAAGGCGGUAGGGUUUCCCAGCUUAGGCGGGCCGCCCGAACUGCAAAGUGCUGAGGGAAACCCUGGGUUCUAUGUCAUUGCUGUAAACAACCAUCUAAGCACCUUUAUGUAGUUAGGAGUGUAAAGUAUUUCAUUUGGUUUGGCUUGAAUUUAAAUGCAGAUUUUUGGCACCCUGCCUUGCAUUGUGUAUGGGGUUUUUUGGGGAGGGGGGGGUGAUUUUGGUUUUGUGUGUCGGUUUUAGUUUAAUCUCCGUUUGUAUUUCAUGUUUCCAUCCUUCAGCGCAUCACAGCGCAUUCCUUUUGUGUAUUUGUCAGUGUUUGAUCUUCAGUGACAUCUUUGAUGUUGUAAACUGAUCACUGCUCUCUAUGAGAGCACCACCUCUUGAUUUUAAAUGACGCCCUCCGCUUUGGAUUUGGGUUUAGAUUUUGAAGAAGUAUAUGUCUGCAUGAGCUUUGUGUGUGGACAAAACAAAUGGCUGCUUAUUAAAUUUUUACCAUUUUAAACUGUAAGUAAUUGUUAAAUACACCAGGACAUGCACUGGAGUUCAUGUCUGCCUCGAGCACAAAAAUAAAUGAUUUCACAUCUGUGAAAUGGUAGUUAUAAUGUCCAUGUCUGUUUGUCAACUAAACAAAUGUGCCUUUUUGCCUGAUCUUCCUAAAUCUCUCAUUGAAAAAUGACUCGAGUUUCAAGUUACUUCAGAUACUUGACAAUCACAUUAUUAAAUUAAUGAUAAUGUCUAUCAUUGUCUCAUUUAAAUAAAGAUGGAAUGCUGUUUAUAAUUUU